AUGAAUGUCUCUCACGAUGGCUUUUCGGGCGACUCGUCCACCGACUCGGACUCGGACGACGAGAAUACCGCUCCCCGCGAGACGAUUGCAGAGAUCAUACAACGGCUCCAGAAGUCCUCCUCGCAGCCCAUCCCGGAGGCCAUUAUGAAGGACUCGACCACAGCGGCCAAUAUGGCGGCUCUGGAGUGGCAGCCCUACUGUCAGGUGACCCUUAAGCACACCAAAGAGGUGGCCGGCUAUAACAACAUCUCCGAGGCCUUCUAUAAGUUAGACUUCUGUAACGCCAUCCGAGACAUCCGCCGUUUUAACUACAUAAGCAAACUGUUGCACCUACUCAUCACCCAGAAUCUGACCUCCCUGUCCGGUUGUGCCACCAAAGUACUGUUUACGAUGCUCGAGGAGUUAGCCUGGCAAGUGGCCAAUAAUCACCAGAAUAUCCAUAUUCUGCACACUUUGCUCUACGACCUCAAGAAGAUCAUGAAGAAGUACUACUGUUGGGGUCGACCCCUGGGCAGCACCCGGCUCUGGGAGCAACACCUCAGGACUAUGGAGCGCAUCUGCAAUAUGGCCAACAAAAUACAAAUCAAAGAGCCCCCGGAAGACGGCAGCAAACGAUUCACGGAUUUGCCGGAAGAGUUGAUCCGCGAAAUACUGUUACGACUAACGGAUUACAAGGAUCUGAUGAACUCCGGUCAGGCAUACAAUAUAAUGCAGUCCCUGUUGGACGAGCAGCACAUAUGGCGCCAACUCUGCAAAUAUCACUACACGAGAGCACAGUUGCGGUGGCUCUUCGCCAACCAGACCAACACUUGCACCACAGAUGGCAAAGUCGAUUGGGAGCGAGUGUUUCAUCAGCUCAGAAAAAAAUUCGGACUCAAAGAAGAGUACGCCGACUGUCUAUUCCUGUGCCGACACUGUCGCUGCCUUUUCUGGAAGUCUUAUGGUCAUCCGUGCGUAUAUCAGAACCGCGUCGCCCUUCCCGGUGCUAAGGAACAGCCUUCAGGUGGAAAUGGAGCGAAUCAUCCGCAGAAUCAACCGGUUAUUGUCCAUAACAUGCCUUUCUUUCAUCACCCGCUCGUUCAGCACUACAACCACAAUAACAAUCAUCUGGAUAACGAUGGCAGCAACGAGUCGCUGAAGACAGUGCCCCUUCACAUACCGGUUCCUCCGGAAGCGUUUCUCAAGUUUUUCUCGCUAUAGAUAUGUGGGGACAACCCUUUUGAGUGAGAAAAAUUGGCCACUUUUUUGUUGUCACAAUGUUUUUUGCGCUCACUUUUGGGACUUUUCUUUUUCUCGCGUAUCCGUCGACUCCACGACUCAAUUAAUUUUUGUGUUGCUUUCCGUUCAGUACUUAUGGAAAAGUGUUUAUUAUUUUUUGUCUCACUUUUCCUCCGAUCGCAUAAUCCACUGGUUUUUGCCGACAGUUAAUGUUAACUCAAUUUAAUAAUGAACUGUUUAUUGAGUUGUUUUUUACUCGCGA